GGCCCAGCUACGUGAGUGUCUGGGGCUGUUUGUUGUUGUUACAUUAAGGCAGCGGAAAAACGAAUUUAACCGAGCUGUUACAACCCCGAGCCCGUCGCAUGAGGUUACUGGGUGAGCUCCUCCCUGCCAUGAGAGCGGACCACCAGGUCACCAGCCCCCCCUCCUUCUGCAGUUGAUGGAUCUGCAGCUGGUCCAGAGAUGACAGACAGCGUCAGGGCCUUCCUCCGCAAUGUUGCGACGGGGAUCAAGGACUCCAUUUUGGGGAUUGGAACGAUCUCCAAGCUGGAUGCCCGCAUCCAGCAGAAAAGGGAAGAGCAGCGGAGGAGAAGGGCCAGCGGGGCCCUGGCACAGAGACGGGCACAGAGUGAGGAGCGCAAACCAGACAAUGAACCCAAAGUAGCCAGCAGGAUCUUCCAGUGCUGCGCCUGGAACGGAGGAGUGUUCUGGCUUAGUCUGUUUCUCUUCUACCGGGUGUUUAUCCCACUGCUGCAGACUCUCACUGCAAAAAUCAUUGGUGACCCCUCCCUCCACGGCAGUGUGUGGUCCUGGUUAGAGUUCAUCCUGACCUCCGUCUUCAGCGCGCUCUGGGUUCUCCCCCUCUUCGUCCUCAGCAAGAUAGUCAACGCCAUCUGGUUCCAGGAUAUAGCCGACCUCGCCUUCGAAGUGUCCGGCUGUAAAGCUCAGCCUUUCCCCAGCGUCAGUAAGAUCAUCGCAGACAUGCUGUUUAACCUCCUCCUCCAGGCACUCUUCCUCAUUCAGGGUAUGAUUGUGAGCCUCUUCCCCAUCGAUGCCAUUGGUCAGAUGGUCAGCCUCCUGCACAUGUCUCUGCUCUACUCCCUGUACUGCUUUGAGUAUCGCUGGUUCAACCAUGGCAUCGAGAUGCACCAACGGCUUUCCAACAUCGAGAGGAACUGGCCUUAUUACUUCGGCUUUGGUUUACCGAUGGCUCUGCUGACUGCCUUGCCUUCCUCGUACAUCAUCAGUGGCUGCUUGUUCUCCAUCCUGUUCCCUCUGUUCAUCAUCAGCGCCAAUGAGGCAAAGACGCCCACGAAGCUGUACCACUUCCAGCUGCGCCUCUUCUCUCUCGUCGUGCUGAUCAGCAACAAACUUUUCCACAAGACGGUCCACCUGCAGUCGUCCCUCACCUCGUCCGCCUCGUCCGAGAGGCUGGCGUCGCCCCACACCUCCCCCAGCCGCCACAGACUGCUGCCCACCCAGUGACGGACGGCUUAAAGACGAAGGUGGUUUAAGUACGAAAGGGUUUACAUGUUUUUAUCUGAUCUCGGGCUCUUUUCAUUGACCAGACAUGUUCGGUGUGACACAAUAAUCGACUGCCCUGUGCCUCACACUCAAAACACAUUAUAUACUCGGCUCUAGACUUCCUGUCUUUUAUGGUUUUUCUUUCUUUCUUUUUUUUUUUUUUUUUUGUAUAAUGUGCCAUUUGAGUGACUCUCCUUUAAUAAAUUACAGCACAACAGAUCAUGUCGUUUAAUAUGUUUGAGCAAACUUGUGACUCGAGAAGGAUUUAUUUGACUUUUUAUUUUUUUUUAAACUUGGAUGAGACUUGUUUGGAAGCGAAGCACAGCUGGGGUUGACCUGCAGUACCGGUUUCGGACACGUUCUGCUGUCCGGGCAGAUCCAGGAACAGUGAUGUACACUUACAAAGGGAGGACUUUGUUUGUUUUGUUUUUUUUUUUAAUGUUGGUUUUACACAUUGAAAGCUGCUCAACAAUAAAGAAAUAAAAAGAUUACUGACGUCCUGUAAAGGAAACCAAAUCACUAAGUCACUCUUGUGUGUCGAGGAAAGUGUCGCUUGGUGUCUAAUCCCAAAUGGAAAAGUCCGACGUUGCUUCCGACACGGCGACGCCAGCGAAGGAAAAGCCGCCGAAGCCCUUGUCAGUAGCUGAUAGUUGAGACGACACUGCCAAACUGCUGCAUCUACGUUGUGCUUGUUUCACUUCAACGCUAUGAGCUGAAAAAGAACGGGGUCAGACCGCUAACGCCUUCACUUCUUAACAGACGGGUGAUCAGCCUCCACCUGCUUGCUCGAGGCCCCUCCCCCUCCUGCAGCGAGCUCAUGCAAAAAGAAGCGAUCCCCAAAGACGAUUGGCUGUUUCUUUGUUUUCUGUGCUGUAUAUAAUGUUAAUACCUCCUGAAUGUUGAGUCAGAAGCCUUCCACCAACACCACACAGCAAGCCCCUGGACCCCCCAAAACUCUGUCUCACGCCUCUGGUCUCCUGGCUGUGGAGCGAGGACGUGACUUUCGGACCGGUGUGCAAUCUAUUGUAAGACGAGUCUUUGUGCAGACUGAUAUUUGUGAGUGAGGUUUUGUAAAAGUAAUACGUCUAAUUUCAAUAAAAUUGGUCAGUAUUCAGUAUUU